AGAGUGACGAUCGCGAAACCGAGACCAGCCGAACUCAGCCGACGUUCACUUUUCAAACGUGUUUACCAAUAUGGCGUGCGAGCGUUUGAAUUUGAGCGUUACAUGAGGGCUGAUCCAAGCAGGGACUAACGUUCCGGUGCAAAAGUAUACCGCGUCUGUCGAACACUCUUGACAUUUUGUUAAUGAAAUCAAGGUAUAAACAAAAUAGGUAACGAUCGUUCGUUCACAGUGAAGACCGUUGAACCGGUUGUGAGAAUAAGAAAUAAGUAAUCGAGCAAGGAUGGAAAAUUUCAUAAAGAUCGAGAAAAUUGGCGAGGGAACUUAUGGCGUUGUAUAUAAAGGAAGACACAAAAAAACUGGGGAAAUUGUUGCGAUGAAAAAAAUUAGACUGGAAAGCGACGACGAAGGCAUCCCUUCGACAGCCAUAAGGGAAAUAUCUCUGUUGAAGGAGCUCAAACAUCCCAACAUCGUUGGCCUUUCGGAUGUUCUGAUGGAAGAAUCACGACUCUAUCUCAUCUUUGAAUAUCUCACGAUGGAUUUGAAAAAAUAUAUGGACAGUCUUGGUAGUGGAAAACUUAUGGAGCCUGCAACCGUCAAGUCUUAUCUUUAUCAGAUUACGAGAGCAGUUCUGUUUUGUCACAUGCGGAGGGUUCUGCAUCGGGAUUUAAAACCACAAAAUUUGCUGAUUGAUAAACGAGGCGGCAUAAAAGUUGCAGAUUUUGGUCUUGGCCGUGCUUUUGGAAUACCUGUACGCGUUUACACCCACGAAGUCGUAACUCUUUGGUACAGAGCACCUGAAAUUUUACUCGGUUCGAAUCGAUACUCGUGCGCUAUCGAUGUUUGGAGUAUCGGCUGCAUUUUUGCUGAAAUGGCUACAAAGAAACCCUUAUUUCAGGGUGACAGCGAGAUUGAUCAACUUUUUAGAAUAUUUCGAGUUUUGAGAACACCGACCGAUGAAAUAUGGCCAGGAGUAACUCAGCUCUCCGAUUACAAAGCAACAUUUCCAAAUUGGACAUCGAACAAUUUAGCGAACCAGGUUAAGACAUUGGAUAAGGACGGUCUUGACCUCCUGCAAGGGAUGCUCAUCUACAAUCCUGAGAAGAGAAUAUCAGCUCGGGUGGCUCUUCAGCAUCCAUAUUUCGACGAUCUCGACAUGAAGAAAUUACCACCCGAGUGAGAUCGCGAGUUAUUCUUAUCGAGUUUUUUUUCGAUCAUCGUUGAGCCACGAAUUAAUAACGGCUCACCCCAUGUGCUAAGUUUCUCGUAUAUGCCGAUUCGAAGUCGUUUAUAAUACGUCCCUGACACGGCUUUUUCAAACACAACUCAUUUGUCGUUUUCUUUCCUCUUUGAGCUGAAUUCGAGACUUUUCUAGAAUCCACAGAGGCUAAGAUUCUUCCUUGCACGAUACACCACCUUUCCUUUCCUUUUUUUUUUUACUCAUUAUGGCAAUGACGAUCACGAAUUAGACUUAUUUAUACUUUCCGGUAUUUAAUUAUGUUUUAAACGUCUCAUUCAUUAUUCCUCCUGUGUUUUUUCAUCUUUUAAACUGAUAGUUCUCUGUCCCCGCCCUCCUUUUCCCUACCCACGAUGUUUCUUCGUACCAGAGUAGAGCUUUUCGAAGAAAACUUGCUCGUUCAACUCCGAGUGUCUUAAGAAAAAAGAAAUUGACUAUUCUUGUAAGAUUUUAAAAAUGUAUUUUUUCUACGAGGAAUGAGUGAUCCGAAUGAAGAGAGAGAGAGAGAGAAAUACACGCCGCCGUUGCGUAAUCCUGUACAUAGCGUUAUGAAAGAAUCAUCUGAUUUCCGUAGUUUUUAAUACCAUUGUCGUACUAUUGAAUCCGUGGCACUCUAAUUACUCCGUUCAGCUAUUUUUUGUCUGAUUCAAUUGUUUUUUUUCUUUUUCCACUUUUCCAUUUUUUGUGCCUCGUAUGAAUCCACGUCGUCGUAUGCUUUGAGCUCUUUUAUUCGAUUAGUUGAGUUAGGGAUUUCCUUAUUAAAUUUACAAUAAAUCGAUUAAUUAAUUAAACUUAA